AUGAAGGGCGUCACUUGCGUCGGCUGCAUUGAGGAUUGUAGGAAAAGAUGGAAGAGCAUGAGGGACACAUACAGAAGGGACAGAAAGAAGGAAAAGGACAGGCACAGGAGUGGAAGUGAGGCUUCAGGCCAACGCCCAUGGCGCUACACCCAAGUGAUGAGCUUCCUCAAUCCUUUCAUGGAGGAAAGGGCCACGAGUAGCAAUAUGCCUGCUGCCAGCCAGAGCAGUCAGGAGCAGGGAGAGUUUUCUGCAGCCACCCAGGUCACAGAGCCCAGUCAGAUGGAGGAGGAGAUAACUCUUUACCUGGAGCCUGUACCCCCUGACCCAGAAACACCCACACCCAUACCCACACCUACACCCACUCCCACACCCACACCAACACCCACAACAUCUACCUCCAGAGAGAGGUUCAGGCCACAGAAGUGAGAGUACCCUCUCCCCAUUUGAGAGGCAGCUGAUGGGUGCCAUGGAGAAGGCUGUGAGCCAGGCAGCACCGGCAGCACCCCCUGACCCAGACAGACUAUUCUUCGAGGGUCUU